AGAGCAUGGAAUGAACAGUGCUAGGGUGCUCCGAUGCACGCAGAGAACGAUGCUUGCUGGUAACUCACCAUUUUUGACGGUCUUGAGGAGUAUGUCUUGAGGUUGAGGUCGUGGGUGGUCGAUUUCUAUGUGUUCGAGUUGGGUAUUUGAAUGUUUAAACUCCACUUCGGCACCGCCCGGCUUUGACUUGUUGUGACUGACCAAGUAAUAGUCUAGUCAGUAUUAGCGGAACCGCAUAAGUAUGUCUUCCACUAUUUUGAGACGCAUCCUCGCAAAUGCACGACUUUACUCGACCGGACCCCCGCCUGUUGCUCGUUCGCCAUACCGCCACCUCCGAACACUAGCCCUCGGUGGCUCCGUCGCCAUCACCGGCUACACCCUUGGUUCUGUCUACCCCCACCCUUACAUCACCUUCAUCUCCCCCCGACCAGCCCCAGCCCCACCUGACCCCGAAACCCCACAAUCAAUCGCAUACACCGCAGCCCUUGAACAAUCCCUACAGACCCUCCCCCUCCUCACGUCCCUCCGCGCCCAGCCCGACGCCCACGAGUGGUACGAGACCCGUCCUUACGUCAAUUACGCGGAGCAGCUUCGCGUAAACAGCCUCACUGCAGGCGCACUUCGUGGCCCGGGAAAACUUGCCCUUCCGCCCCUGGUACGCGCUAAGAGGGACGAGAGUGAGGCUGUCGUUAUCGUGCAUGUUGGUCGGGGCGUGUGUGGCCAUGAUGGGAUAAUUCAUGGUGGGCUGCUGGCUACUAUUUUGGAUGAGAGUCUGGCGCGAACUGCGAUCAUCAAUUUACCAGACAAGAUUGGCGUCACUGCCAACUUGUCCAUAAAUUAUCGCGCCCCGACCUUUGCAGAUCAGUUUAUCGUCGUCCGAAUCAGUUUGGUUGACAAGGCUGGUCGCAAAUCCAAGGUCUUCGGAAAAGUAGAGGACCUCAAAGGCAACUUACUCGUCGAAGCGCACGCAACUUUUGUUCAACCUAAAUAUGCUCACCUGCUAAAGAGCAAAGCUGUCCAACAAAUGAUGGGCGACCCCGAACCCACUAAAUCAACUCCCGUGCUCCUCAGCGAGGGCAUGCCACCUCCCCCGCCCAAGGCAUAGAGCAAUUCAUACCAUUUAUUAACUAAUAUAUCAUACCGUUAGAGAUACAUGUAUCAUAGACCACUUCCUGCAACCCUAGAUGCAACUUAUCGCGAACAUCACUUGGCUUCCACCCCCCAAAGAACAGUUUCCAUAGCCUCUUCCACCGCCCAUGUUCCCUAUUAGUGCCACCACAGCUGCGUCACACCUCCCACAUAGCGCGUCAAGCCACCCGCGCUCCCUUCCAGCAGGGUACCACUACAAUUGCCCCCAAGAAGCCAGUGUACCCAAGUAUUAGGAAUUCGACGAAGCC